GACGUCGUGGCGUGCGGCCGCUGCCUGCUAAUGUCCCCGCAGCGCGCUCUGGUGCCGCCGCCAUCUUGGUGUCUGUCUGUCCGAAGCCGGGACACACCCGGAUGGCGGGCUCGGACCGGGAGCGCCGGGAGCAUGUAUAGCCGCACUGUGUAGGUAGUCGGCGUGGAAUUGACCGCAGUGCCAGGAGGGCAGAAGAUGUCCCGGAGAAAACAGACAACUCCAAAUAAAGUACAUUGGGAGCAAGUGUUUGCUGGGUUGGAGCAGCAGGCUCGUAAAGCGAUGAUGAAAACAGAGCUUGUGAAAGAAGAACCAUCAGACAUGGGACAGCAAGACAGGAGCAGCAGUGACAGCGAUGCUGAAGAUACCACUAUCGAUGACCUGUCCUCCCCUGGUUCAGAAGAUGACCAGAACGACCGAGAAUCCGAUAAUGAACCAGGGGUCAGCAACACUCAGAAAACGAACAAAAAAACUGGAUCGUUGUCACAGGCUUCUCUGGACUCACAACUGGAUUCUGGGCUUUAUAUUUGCCCUCUGUGUCAGAUAGACUGUGAAAGCCAGGAGCAGCUCGUCACUCAUGUAUAUCAGCACACAACUGCUGUAGUGAGCGCUAAAAGCUAUCUCUGCCCAGUGUGUGGACGAGCACUCAGCUCACCUGGGUCACUAGGUCGCCACCUUCUAAUUCAUUCAGAGGAUCAACUGUCAAACUGUGCUGUGUGUGGAGCUCAAUUCACCAGCCAUUCCACGUUUAACAGUGAGAAACUACCAGAGGUCGUGUCACCAGAUUCUUGGAACCAGGACAACCAUGAAGGAGAUAGCAGUGAGGGUAAAGGUCUGGAUUUUGAAGCUGUAUACCCCGCAGGUAUCUUACUUGUUUGCAACAACUGUGCGGCAUACAGAAAACUGAUGACUGAUCAGAUGUCUUCAGGCCGCAAGUGGGCAUCACGCAGACAGAAUGAGCCUGUGGAGGCAAGAAUGCAGCGGCUGGAGCGUGAACGGACGGCAAAGAAAAGCAGGCGUGAUAGUGAAACCCCAGAGGAGCGAGAGAUGAGGCGAAUGCGAGACAGAGAGGCCAAGCGACAGCAGAGAAUGCAGGAAACUGAUGAGCAACGCGCAAGGCGUUUGCAACGUGAUCGUGAAGCUAUGCGCACGAAGAGGGCCAACGAAACCCCAGAGAAGCGGCAAGCAAGACUAGUCCGAGAGAGAGAGGCAAAGCGGCUGAAGCGACGUUUGGAAAAGAUGGACAUGAUGUUGCGGGCACAAUUUGGGCAGGAUCCUACCGCCAUGGCAGCCUUAGCAGCUGAAAUGAACUUUUUUCAACUUCCUGUAGGGAACUCUGAUCUGGAUCAGCAACUUCUAGGAAAGAUGGCACUCGAAGAGCAAAGCAAUGGUGCUUUGCAUUGAUCUAUACUUGGCAGUGUUUUUUGAUUUUGUUUUCGUGGCAGGCAGACAUUGUUGCUUGGACACACAUUCAUUUCCUUCCUCAGAAAGUGAUAUUCUGAAAACUCCCCCCAUCACUCUGUACAUUGGUAGGAAUGAACUGGAACAAUCCACAUAUUUCAAGGGUUGCUUUUUACAUUGAUACAAUUCCUCAGGAUUACGAAGCUGCUGGAAAGAUAAGAGUGGUCAGCAUUUCAAGUACACACUCUUUCUCUGAGCUCACACAUCAGUGUUGUGGUAUUUUUUAUUUUUUUUUGCCAUGCAUGCUUGACUUUGCAAGGUGUGAAAAACACAGUAGAAGUUAAUCAAGUUGGACCCCCUUAAAGCCCUUCCCAAAAAAUGAUGCAGCUAUAAGACUGUCUUUAAACAGGGUAUGAAAUGGAAAUUCUGAAUUUACUCAAAUGACUUCUUUUGUGCUGUGAAUGAGUUGUAUGUGUGUAGUAACUUUUUUUUAUUAUUUUAUUUAUGUGUGGGUGCAGAAUUAUCUUAAUAGUAUCAGUGUACAAAAACGUAUGUGGAACCAAUAAAUUAUUUUACUAUG